AUGGAACUUGACGAGCCUGGAGCCAAUCCUCGUGUUCGAGCUCCCACCUCAGCUCAGGUCCGGUCAGUCGUCAGCACUAUCGACCCUUCCCCCGAGCCGCCCGAAUCAUCAGGACCGACUCUCAGUGGACCGGACAAUCUCGACGUACCGGGUCCUUCAACGACUUAUCUUCCGCGACAAACGUCCCCGCCUCUUCCAGACCUUCGCUUUACCCCCUUCCCACCAAACGAGUACUCCGAUGACGAUGGAGAUGGCGACGAUGAUGAUAAUGAGGUAGUCGCCCAGCUCCCAAUAUACCUCUCACCAGCUCUUCAUCCUCAUCUCAACCUGUAUCAAUAUCCUUUGCUCAGUGGAUCCUUAGCGGCUCCAGAAUGGGCAAAAGAGAGGGGAAAGACUAUGACGGCAAGAGUCAAAGAACAGACUGGCAGAGUGGAAGUGGAGAUACCGGUGGAUGAACAACCAAGGUUCUGGCGCGAUGAUAGAGCAACCGAGCUGGGGUUCAUACCCAACAUACAUGCCAACGGUGACGACAUAGAAGGAGGUUUCGGAUUCGCAAACAAGGCGGAUGGUAAGACCAAGCCAGGACAGAAGAAGAAGAGCGUGAAAAUGGAAAAGUGGGGCGACAAGCGACGGCUGAGAGGGGAUAUCAUACCAAACGCACCAGAAUAUUAUACGGGGAUGGUCCACGACGGGGCAUUGCACCUCCACCCGAUCUCAAAGCUUGUACAAUUUCGACCAACAAUGACCUAUCUGGACGAUCAUGAAUUCGGUCAAGCGUCCAGUGGUACCCAGAGAGAUGAGAAGUCGAAGAUACCUGCCAAGCCGGUUGUGCUUGUCAAGCCGAAACUUGGUGGUCCCGAAGAGGCGGAGAACGAUGGUUCGGGAUCGAUCAGAGAUUUCAGAAAUAAGAUGAUGUCCGAGGCCAAAAAGGAGGAAGAGGACCAAUGGGUCGCGUAUGACUGGAGACAGGGUGAUGAUAAUGGAGUCUUGGACAAGGUCGACGCUCUGCUUGUGCCGGCAGAGAAGCAAUAUCGCUUAGAAUGCUCAACGACAGGCUUGGACUAUCUCAAUCGGCAAUGA